GCGACUUCCUGUAAGCUAUUUGAGCAAAGCUUGAUAUGAGAAGGUUUUACACCACAUCACAAGUCUGUACAUGAGCCAGAAGCAGUUACCCUUCGAGCACACAAUGAUGUAGAUCACUGCGGUAAUUCAUCAUGGACCAGAACACAUCUUCGGGUCUCCCACCAGUAUUCAAAACAGUCAGCCUGGUGUUCUACAGUAUCAUAUUCUCUGUAGGCUUGGUGGUCAAUCUCACAGCUAUCUGGGUCUUUGCUCUAACUACAAAAAAAAGGAGUUCUGUCACCAUCUACAUGAUCAAUGUGGCUGUGGUGGACCUCAUCUUCAUUGUCUUGCUUCCCUUUAGAAUGGCCUACUAUCAUGGGGACUACUGGCCAUUUGGUGAUAUGUUCUGCAGAAUCAAUGCUGCACUCACCAUUCUCUACCCAAGUCUGGCUCUCUGGCUCUUUGCCCUCAUUAGUGCUGACCGCUACGUAGCCAUAGUUCAGCCACGGCAUAGCAAAGAGCUAAAGAACGUACACAAGGCCCUGCUGUCAUGUGUCGGGGUCUGGGUCAUGACCCUUGGUGGUGCAGCAUCACUUCUUUUCCUGGAGGAAGAUCCAGACAAAUUUUCAAACCAUACCACCUGCCUGAAAAUGCAAGACAUCGUCUACCUGAGCCGUGACAACUCUGUCCAUUAUGCUCGUCUAGCGUUCUUUUUCUUAUUGCCCAUGCUUAUUAUGGUGGGCUGUUAUAUCAUCAUUGUGGACAACCUGAUUCAUGGACGCACAUCCAAGCUCAAGCCCAAUGUGAAGCAAAAAUCCAUCCGUAUCAUCAUCACAUUAAUCAUGCAGGUGCUGGUGUGCUUCGUUCCUUUCCAUGUCUGCUUUGUUCUUCUGCUGUUUGAGAACAGUGAACAGGACUAUAGCACCUGGGGUGCAUUCACAACCUUCCUGAUGAACAUGAGUACAGUGCUGGACAUUAUACUGUACUAUAUUGUUUCUAAGCAGUUUCAGGACCGAGUGAUAAGUGUGAUCCUGUACCGGAACUAUCUGAGAAGUGUGCGAAGAAAGAGUCGACAUACAGGAAGUGUACGUUCUCUCAGUAACCUUACCAGUGCUGCCAUGAUCUGAUUAUUUUAACCUGGUUUGAACAUGGCCCAAAAAAAAAAACUAAGGUUUUGUUUAACUGCCUUUAGUUUGGAUUAUGGUGGGAGACGUUGUGGCCCAUUCAUGUGUGAAAGCUUUUUAAUAAUUUGAUGGGUCCUGGAAUAUGCUCAUGUCGUCAAGGAAGAAAAAAAGUAUUGAUAAGAUAACGGGGUCAUUCCGUACAACUGAAGGAACCCCAGAUCAUAAUACUGCCUCCGGAGACUUGUACUUGGACUAAAGCCAUUAAAAAAUUAAAUAAAAAUAAAUCCCCUUCCCAACUGUGUUUGACUGGGAGUAAGUUAGUAACCUAGUAGCCCAGUGUAAGUGUCUAUCCAAUGACGGAAACUAAGCACUUUUUGUAACUCACUCUGGGUAAGAGCAUCUGCCAAAUGCCUAUGUAAAUGUAUAUGUACAGUGUCCAGUAUGCAUGCAUAACUUCAUGCCCUUCUUUUUUUACCUGACAUACCAAUCGCUCUGGAAUACGGUCAAUCUGAACUCAUCAGACCACAUAAAAUUUUUCCAUUGCUCCAAAGUCUAAUCUUUAUGCUGCCUAGCAAAGCUCACUAACAAAUGGUUCUCUUAUGGCCACACAGCUGUUUAGUCUUAAUCCUGUGAGUCCUGUGAGUUCUCAUCACACUGUGUGUGAAAACGUUUGUACUGUUAUUAUUAAACAUAGCUGUGACUCCUACUGUUGAAUUUUUUUUAUGAUGUGACCUCACUAAGUGUUUAAGUGAUCUGUAGUCAUGAUUUUUUUUUUUUCGGACCAUUUCUUGUUUGAAACUGAGAGUUCAGCACUAUCACUCCAGGUUUUAAUAAUGUGUUGGACACGUGUGUUGGUACAAAAUGAUGGCAAACAAGACUAUAAAAGAGGAACAUACUGAAGCCUAGACAAUUUCACUUUCGUUAGUUAAGCACUAUUCAAAAUGAAAGUUCUUUCUGGCGGGCAUGAUGGGUUCUGCAAAUGUUGCUUUCAGUUGCAAAGGUGAACUAAGGCAAGGAAUUAUCUCUCCCAGAUCACUGUUUAAAAGAAUUAAGGAAAUCGUUAUUCAAAAAAUGCAUAACAUUUCAAGUAUGGAAUCUAAUGCAGAAUAUUUGUGUAAAUUUUUAUUCUGGAUUGAAUGUUGUCUUCAGUGUUAAAUGGGAAUUCUACUUAAUGAAGGAUUAAAAGGGGGAAAAACAUGUUUGCUUCAAAUCA